CUCGGCGCUGCUUCUUUGAUUCGCGUUUCUGCUUCAAUCCACUUUGCUUCCAUCUCAGCCCACCAUGACUAGUCACCCCAGCGAGGAACUGGGUCCGGACCACCGCAACGAGCCGCCGGAGGGGAAGAAGCGGCGCCACGACGUCGCCAGACAGGCCUGUGAGCGAUGUCGCGUGAAGAAGACUCGCUGCGACGAGCAGUUCCCCUGCGGGCUGUGUCGGGGGCUCGGGGUUGAGUGCGUCUACAGCUAUCGCAAGCAAACUCGCAGCGAGAUCUCCUCGAAUGCCCUGCUCCGGAUGCUGGGACGUCUGGAAUGUAAACUGGAUAAUAUCUCCGCAAAGACCGCUACUGGUUACUCCCCCCAUGCUGGCAACAUGCCACUCCCUGGCACGCCCUGGACAGCAGACAACCCUCCACCACCUACAUACGUUUCUCCCCCAUCGCAUGAUGUCGUCGAGAGUGCGCCCAGCUUCCCCGCGUCCGCCGUCGUCCCCUGGAGUGCGCACCAGGUCAUCCUAUGGAAGCCGAUCCUCCCGAUGCUGCCGGACGCGAUCAAGGCGAUUGUCAACGAGCACGGCGUAGACUACUCGACAACGCUUGAGAUGAGGAGGCCCCGGCUGUCAAUGGGACUGCGGCCAGGGAGCAGAAGCGAGACGGACUUGCUGGGCAACCUGAGCGUGUCGAUGGUGAAGGAGCUGUGUGAAUCGUACUUUUCUACAUUCCACCUCACAUACCCGAUGAUGGACCGCACAUUCUUCCUGCGCCAUACGCUCUCGGCUGCCAUCAAGGGCGAGUUUGGAUACGAUAUCGAGAGCUGUGUUGUGCUGGCUGUCAUGGCCCUGGGCUGCUGGUCCAAGCGGGCUCUGGGGGAGUUCCACGAGUAUCGGACCCAGGGCCACCGCAAGUUAUCAGGGAGUGAUAUGGACUACGAGUACAUGGGGCCUGGCGCUGAAGCGGGCAUCCCUGGGCUCGCGUUCUUUAACGAGUCGAGAAAGCGUAUCGGGUGGCUGAUCAAUGACAAUGACAUGCAGAGCUGCCAGUACUAUCUGUUGUCAAGUAUGUUCUACGCACAACUGGUACGGCCUGUCGACUGGUGGACAAUGGCCAACCGAGCCAGCACCUGCUGUCGCAUGUUCUGGGAGAAUGUUCCCACCCCCUGCGACGAGUGGGUUGUCGACAUGUGGUCGCGUUUGUUCUGGAAUGCCGUCAUGUUCGAUGCUAUUCUGGCGCAGGAGCUGAAGCUCCCUGGAGGCCAGCUCGACGAGCUCUCGCAGCGAGUACCGUUGCCUACGUUUGUCAAGAUCAAGCAGCCUGCAUUCCUGCCGAUGGAGUCGGAUGCUGAAGAGGACGAUUCAUUCUUCCAUUAUCAUUUCCUGGCGCAGGUCGCCCAUCGGAUCCUCUUGACGAGGACCAAGUCUAGUAUAUUUUUUACCAGUACGCUCUCUCUCUCUAUCUGUCUCUGUCUCUGUGUUGGUUCUGACGUUACAGGUGAAUAUUCAUCACAAUCAGUAGAGGAAGAACUGUAUCAACAGCUUGAGAGAUGGCGGAACCAGCUACCCACGGGUCUACAGUUCGACGACGACCAUCUGGCGCCAUUACCUGACUCGCCAAGUGAGAUUCUUGUCGUCUCCUGGCUUCGCUUCCGGUAUAUCAUAGCCAAGUUCCACUUUGGGAGACCCUUACUUCACAAAGUCAUCAGCCGGCCAGAGGACGCGACAGACGCAGAGCUACGCAAAUGUGCAGAAGUGUUUGACCAGAUUUUCCAAUGGGAGCCCAUAAUAAGAGUGAUCGCAGUGAUGCCCAGCUGUAUGCCUUUGAAGUUUCAAAUAUCCUCACAACUCUUCGGCCACAUCAUACUGGUAUGGUGCUUCCGGCACUGCGGCGACCCCAGAGUACCACAGGUUGUGCCCUCGCGAUAUCGAUCGUGGUGUAACUUUGCGCUUGGAUUCUUGCAGGAGACUGCGUACUCCGGUCCCACGCUGGCGAAGGAUGCAGAGAUUGCGACGAUUUUAUGCCAGGAUUUGAUCGCCUAGACCGAGAUACCUUAAUAGCUUAUGAACUGACGGCCC